AUGGGGACGCAGGUGCCCGAGGCGGCACUCCGGCGCGAGGAGGGACUCUCGACAGCUGCUCAGUCUCUCGCGUCUCCCUCCUCUGUCUCUUCUCUCUCUCUGCCUUCGCCCUUUUCGCUGCGCGACGUGAACAGCUGCUUGCGGCGGUGGGGCGACGUGGAGACGGGAGCUUCGCGCGGAGAUCGAAAAGCCGGUCAGGGCGAUGCGGUUUCUGCCGCCGCUUGCCCGCCGCGUCGCGCGCACGCUGCGAAACCCGAAAAAGGGAGUCCUCGCGUGGACAUGCCGACGAACGGAGACGCAGACUCCGCGCCACACAGCACGUCACCUCCCUGCGUCAAGAAAGAAAAUGCGCAUCGCAGUGCCGGGGCUCCUUCUCGCGCCGCCUCUCCGCCGGCCGCUUCUUCGUCUGCUUCCCCCGGGAUCUCCGCCUCUGCUGGCUCCGCUGCGUCGUCUGCGGUGGCGGCGGCGGCGCCUUCUGCGUCUCCCGGUUUCUCGGGUGGCGCGAGUGACUUUCCCCUGACGUCGCCCUCGCUGACUGCGCUCGGCUACGCGUCGCGCCUCUCUGAGCACCCCGACAAAGGCCCCGUGGACCUGCCGGAGCUCGAGGAGGAUGCCGCUGUUCUGAAAAGCAAACUGAGUACGCUCUGCGCUCUUUUUCGCGAAGAAGCGCAGCGGCUCUCUGCCCUCCACCUCGGAACCCUCGCCGGCUGUCUGCCCCAGCAACCCCGCUCCGGCGAUUCCCCUUCCUCUCCUUCUUCUUCCUCUUCCUCUUCCUCUCCCUCAUCUUGUUCUCCUGCUCCCUCUUCUUCAUCCACUUCUUCUUCGUCCUUUUCUGUGUCUUCUGCAGAUGCUUCCGUCCCUCUGCAGCCUGUUGAAGACGCCGGCGGAGACGCCUCUACCGCGAGCGUUUCUCGAGGGGAAGGUCAGCCUCCUGCAGGGAGCGAGACGCCAAAUGGCGGCGAAGCGGGCGACGCGCAGCUGAGCAGAGACGUCGAGUCAGCGGAUGGCGCACUAAAAGCCUCGAGAAAGGGGGCGAAAAAGGCUGGAAAGCCCUCAAAAAAGGAACGCGAGAACGCGCCGGGAGGCGCCUGCGCCCACACAGGCGCCGGCGUUUCCACGAGUGCAGGCAUCCUCGACUUUCGCGGGCCCUCGGGUGUAUGGACACUCGAGGCGAAGGGCCAGGAGCUUUCAGAUGGCGCGAAGGACACCAUGGAGGUGGCCUUCGGGCGUCACCGGCGUCCUGUCCGCGAGUUUCAUCUCGCGCUUCCCACGCUCACGCACCUUCUUCUGAGGACGCUGGCAACCGCGCCAGCCUCCUCGUGGGUCGCGGGCGUCGGCGAGGCCUCCGCGGCUUGCUCUUCUUCUUGCCCUCCGCUGUUGCGGUACAUCAUCACGCAGAACGUGGACGGGCUGCAUGCGCGCUGCGGCACGCCCUUCUCGCGGCUCGGCGAAGUCCACGGCAGCAUGUUCACCGAGCGCUGCGACUUCUGCGCGCGCCGCUUCCUCCGCGACUUUCCACUCCCGACCCUCAGCUUCGCCCCCACGGGUCGCCUCUGCGGGCUCUGCGCGUUUCCGCCUUCUGGCGUAUGUACGGACGUGCUGCUGGACUGGCAUGACAGGUACGAGCGCGUCUUCGAGACGCUCGCCCUCCGCAACACGCGCGCAGCGUCUCUCCACCUAUGUCUAGGCUCUUCGCUGCAAAUCCAACCUGCCUGCCACUUUCCAGGGCGCGAGCGACACAGGCAGAGCUCCCUCGUGAUCGCAAAUCUGCAGGCGACGCCGCUCGAUCGGCAGGCCACUCUCUGUUUGCGGUACACCACCGACGGCGUCUCUGCGGCGCUCGCGGGUGCCCUCUUUGAGCGCUUUUCCGGAGAAAGAAGACGCGCGACAGACGCCCGCAUUGCAGCAGCAGGCGGAGCGAAUCUCGCGGCGCCGGAGCGAGGAGAAAAACUCGCAGAAGAGGCACCCCACGGAGAGGGAGGAGAGGCGCUGGCACGCCUCGAGGGGGAGACUUCGCGACGCCCUCAAAAACGAAGCCGAGAGAGCGAGAGGGAGGCAGACGCGUGCGGGGCUCUCUCUGAGGAGGGUCACGAGGAGCGAGACUCCACGCGCCGUGAAAACGCCGCAGACAGGAUCGCGACUGACGCGGACGUAGCAAACGCGAGAGGCGGCGACGGCGCCGAGAGGACAGUGAGACUGCGCUGGGGUUGGAGCGCGGCGGGCGGGAGGUGGGGAUGCCUUUUCAGCGAAGACGCCGAGGCCGCGACAGCCGGAGUGGACAAAAGUGCCGCAGACGAAAGACAAAGAGGAGACAGUCUCGCGGCGAAACGUGAGGAAGACACCAACGCGCAGCCCCGCGAGCGUGUAGGCCGCGGCGCCGAGGAGGAAGAUACAGAAGACCUCUCUGCGCCAUUUAUUCGCACGUCGCUCCUCUUUGUCGCCCGCCUGCCUCUGCGCGCUCUCCCUGCAGCGGCCGCGCCCUGCGAGCCCCCCCUGUGGGAUACCGGGAAGAAAAGAAAAAAGAGGAAAACAGAAACCAAGAAAACCCAGCAAGUAGCCAGCAAGACGGAGGCGCCGAAAGGCGAAGGACGCCCACGCGAACGAGCGCGCCGGGAGAACGAGGCGGACGGAGAAGGCGACACAGAUAAGGACGUGGCGAGACCCUCCCCCGAGAGGCCUUCGACUGAAGGAGAGUGCCUCACAGUUAGCGAAACCGAGGCGAAAAACUACGACGACGACACUCUUGCGGCGUGGGUCGAGGCGCACUACGCGCAGGACGUCCGAGAGGCCUCGACGUCCUCCGCAGACGCGCCUGACGGUGCGAGGCUCUCCGCCGCUCUCCCAGAGGCUCCACCACCACCGCUCCAAGCCGCUUCAGACUUGUCGGCUUCUGUCGAGGCGUCUGCGCGUGCGCAGCGUGUCUUGCUUCGCAUCGCGUGCGGCCUCAAGGUCGAGGAGCUCGCGGCGGGCGCCGCCCAGCGAGGGGCGGAGGCGACAGGAGAGGAAGGCGAAGGCGACUGGCGACGCGCCGCAACGCCGCGCCUGGCGCCUCGCGCCUCUGCAGGCUUCCCCGAUUCCCGCCGCGCCCGAAUUCAGCACAUCGACUGCUUGCGAGGCCUGUGGACUGUCGACUUCUACAGAGACACGCGACUCCGCCUUUACCUUUGGUAUGGGACAACCGCCGAGCUACGCCUCUUCUACUCUCCUGAGCAACGAGCUCUAGAAGUCGACGUGUGGCAGUUUCAACUGGCCUGUACCCCCGGGACGUGCUCAGCGUCUCUGCCGCCCUCGCUCGUGCUCUCUCCGUCUCCUUCUCUGCGCCCUCAGCCUGCGAAUGGAGAGAGGCAGAUCGAUGAGUCUGGAGAAGCGCAGAAAGACGACGGCAACUGCGAAGGAGACGCAGAGGGAGAGACGCCCGACACGCGACGCGACUCGCGUCCGAACCUCCCCCCAGGCCGCUCGCCCUCUCCAGAGGCUCCGCCGCGCCUCGCUGCGCCGCCGAAGCCCGCGGCGCCUCUGCACGCAAGUGCCGCCUCCUCUGCGUCUGCCGCUCAGUCAGCCUCGGCGGCGGGUCGCCCUGCGUCACGCCGCGCGUCUGAUGCGCCGCUGUAUCGCGAAGGACCUUUUGCGCUGGAGGAGCGGCGCGGACAAGUUUCGCUGCUCGCGUCUGCGUCGCUCUGUAUGCGUGGCGCCUUUGCGCCGGCAGACCUCCCGCGGCGCGCAGCACACCUCCCUCACGCCGCGGAGCGCCAGCGAAAGGAAGAAGAGCGAGAGUUGUCUGCGCAUCCGGACUGCAGGCGCACGCGGCUCGUAGCCUGUCUGAAAGCCGCUGAGGAGGGAGGAGCAGCUUCCGCGGCUGCGCGAGCUAAGUCGCAGACCGAGGGCACCGCCACGGCGCCCCUGGCAGGUUCGCCCAAAUACAGGGAACUGCCUCUACCAGACGCCCUCGUCUCGCUCUACCGGCUGCAUGCGCUAGCCACUCUCCCGCUGAUGCGCAGCGACUUCCUUGAGGCUCUGCGAAACGCAAAAAGGAAACGCGCACCUGUGCAUCAAUCCUCUCCUCACCCUCCGGCGCCCUCUUGCUCUGCUUCGGCUUUGCCUUGUGGCUCAGCUUCCUUUCCGGGUUUGCCUUCUAGCUCAGCUGCUUCUUCGGCUUCGCCUUCUAACUCUGAUUCUCCGUCACCUUCUGCUUCUGCCUCGCGCUAUCCUCUUCGCAACCGCUCGGAGAGCCGGCGCGCGUCGCCGUCGUCCGCCGCCCUCCCGCAGAAGAAGCCUCGAAAUCGCGCCGAGGCGUGCGUCGUUUUCUCCUCUCGCGAACUCCCGUUUCUUCUGCCUUUAAACAGCGAAGAGAAUGAAGGAGCAAACAACGCCGCGACUUCGCUUCUUCCGCUUGUGCCGCGGGAGCGGCGGCGUGAGGAGAAGCGCCGCGGUUUUAGGUCCCAUGAGGCUUCACGCGGAGAGGAAGAAGGAAACGCGCUAGCGGCUGAGACAACCUGCAAGGAAGCAUGUACCGUCAAGAGACGGUGUGGUGAGGCGGGCGGAGGCGGACAAGCAGAAUGGAGCCCAGCCAACCAGAUGAACUGCGAAGGAAACCGAGGAGCUGAGCUGGCGGCUGCAGACCGGCACGAUACGCGGGAAGAAGAGAGAAACAACGAAACAGAGGAGAUUGCCGCAGCGCAAGGAGAAAGAGGUGAAGUGCCAGCGUGGGAGAGCAUCGAAGACGAAGUUACGUGUCGACCUGUUUUCCUCAUUUGCAGCGACUUUGAGCUCGGCGAACUGCUUGAUCUCUCCCGAGAAGACGACGCUAUCCGCGCCCUUGUGCCGACGAAGAAAUUCCUCACUUCCUAUUCGUCUCGCCUCGCGCCUUCUCCCGCGCCUGCGUCUCUCCUCCCUUGUGAGUGUCCUCUUCCCGCGCCGCCUUGUCUUUCUUCUUCCUCGUCUUCUACUUCUUCUGAAAUUGUGUUUUCCUCCUCGGGAGGUCGUGACGCGAGGCCGGGCGGCGCGCAGACCGAAGGCGGCGGCGCGACAGGAGGAGGCUCACGCGAGACACCUGCGACAAAGAAGACCAGCAGAAAUCGGCCCGAAAAGAAUGCAGUUGAGGAGGCGAAUCGGAAUACGUUGCACGCGACCUGGAAAGCGACAUAUCUGGCGUUGAAGAGACUUCAGAGAGCGAACCGCCGAGGCAGCCACGCGCCCACUCCCGCGUCCUCUUCGACGGCGUUGCGUCCCCUUGACUCUGCGGCAUGUGUAGAACAAAGCGAAGGCAGCGCAGCGACAGAAAAAACUGUUCUGGUGGACGCGACCGUCUGGCAAGCCCUUCGCCUGUUCCCCAUGUGGGCCCUCAUGUACUGUAUUGACACUCUGGAGUGCGUCUGA